AGCGCCGGAGCCUCCUCGUCGUCUCUCGUUGGUCUCUUCCAGCCGCGCUUGCCAGAUGCGAAGGACAGAAGAUCUGUGAUCCCUGUUUCUGUACUUCAGUUUGAAACAGAUAUGGUUUCUGUCAUCCUCCUACUGAUUCUUGUCUCUAGUUUACAGGAUCAUGCUAAGCAGCAUGCAAGAGGUGCCGGUACUUCAACUUUCUGAUCAAAGUGAUACUGGUGGAAAAAAGGAAUGAGAAUGACUACUUUUUGUUGAUUCCCAGCAGCAUGUCAGGGUACAUACCCAGUUACUUAGACAAGGACGAACUAUGUGUUGUGUGUGGUGACAAAGCCACUGGGUAUCACUAUCGCUGCAUCACUUGCGAAGGUUGCAAGGGUUUUUUCCGAAGAACUAUUCAGAAAAAUCUUCACCCAACCUACUCCUGUAAAUAUGAAGGAAAAUGUGUGAUAGACAAAGUCACAAGAAACCAAUGCCAGGAAUGUCGCUUCAAGAAAUGCAUCUAUGUUGGCAUGGCAACAGAUUUGGUGUUGGAUGACAGCAAGCGAUUAGCAAAAAGAAAACUGAUAGAGGAAAAUCGAGAGAAGAGACGUCGGGAAGAGCUGCAGAAAACAAUUGGGAUAAAACCUGAGCCAACAGAUGAAGAGUGGGAGCUUAUCAAAAUUGUUACCGAAGCACAUGUGGCUACCAAUGCACAAGGAAGCCAUUGGAAACAAAAAAGGAAAUUUCUGCCAGAGGAUAUUGGACAAGCACCAAUAGUAAAUGCCCCAGAAGGUGGGAAAGUAGAUUUAGAAGCCUUCAGCCAGUUUACAAAAAUUAUCACACCAGCAAUCACAAGAGUGGUGGAUUUUGCCAAAAAGUUGCCUAUGUUCUGUGAGCUGCCAUGUGAAGACCAGAUCAUCCUUCUGAAAGGCUGCUGCAUGGAGAUCAUGUCCCUCAGAGCUGCAGUUCGUUACGACCCCGAGAGUGAAACAUUAACAUUAAAUGGGGAGAUGGCGGUGACAAGGGGCCAGCUGAAAAACGGGGGUCUUGGUGUAGUAUCCGAUGCCAUUUUUGACCUGGGCAUGUCCCUUUCAUCAUUCAACCUCGAUGACACGGAAGUGGCUCUUCUUCAGGCUGUUCUGCUGAUGUCUUCAGAUCGCCCAGGUCUCGUCAGUGUCGAGAGGAUAGAAAAGUGUCAGGAGGGUUUCCUUCUGGCAUUCGAACACUACAUUAAUUACCGAAAGCACCACAUUGCACACUUUUGGCCAAAACUGCUGAUGAAAGUGACGGAUCUGCGAAUGAUCGGAGCCUGCCAUGCUAGCCGCUUCCUGCACAUGAAGGUGGAAUGCCCAACAGAACUCUUUCCCCCUUUGUUCUUGGAAGUCUUUGAGGAUUAA